CGCUGCCGCUGUCUGACGAUGGUAGACUGUAAAGACGGAUGGUCAGGGCCGUCCCCGUCUAACCUGAUCAUGCAAGUGUAACUUGACUCAUGUCAGUUUGUAGCGCUAAACCUGGUUUAACGUUUAGUCAGCUUUGGUUCGUCAUAUAACUGUGUUUGUAAUAAUGGAGGACGACUGUGUUUGCGAGUACGACUCGACCUGGGACACAGAGAGUGAUGGAGACGACCCGGCCGGAGAGAGCCAACCCCGUCGGUCAAGUCAAGACAAAAACAAAUCCAGUUGGAAUUUAUGGCACCACACGCCCAGGAACAUAAGGGCAGCAAAGGACAUGCAGAACUACAGAAGAGGAUAUCCAAAUCUUACAGAUGAUGAAUGCUCAGAAGACAAAAUGAACAAUUUGCAGUUUUAUCUCAAUAAAUUUCCCUCUGCACCUGAUGAUGUCUACAUUGAGUCAUUUCUUAAGGAAUGGAAAAAUGACUAUAAAAGACUGGAGAGAGUUCACUCGUACAUUCAGUGGUUGUUUCCACUGCGAGAGCCUGGGGUUAAUUACAUGGCUUCAGAGCUAACCAAGAAGGAAAUUGAGGCUUUUAAGAAGAAUGAGGACGCCAAAAGAAGACUAGUCGAGUCUUACGAGCUCAUGUUGGGCUUCUAUGGAAUCCGUUUGGUCAGCAAAGAGACAGGUGAAGUGAAACGUGCCGAAAAUUGGAAGGAGCGCUUUGGAAACCUGGAGCGGAAUAUGCACAACAAUCUGCGCAUCACUCGCAUCCUGAAGAGCCUUGGAGAGCUGGGAUUUGAGCACUAUCAGGCCCCACUUGUGCGCUUCUUUCUGGAAGAGACACUGGUCAAGAAGAACCUUAGCAGCGUUAAACGCAGUGUGCUUGACUAUUUUUUGUUUGCCGUGCUGGACAAGCAGAAACGCCAGGAGCUUUUGCGCUUCGCCUACCUUAACUUUGAGCCAAAGGAUAAGUUUGUGUGGUGUCCCAGAAAGAUUCAGAGACAAUUCAGGAAGCCAGAGAAGAGACUGGAUGCCAUUGGGAAUGGAGAUGGGAAGGAUGAAGUGUAUGCACCAGGUAAAAUCAAAGAUGGAGUGGCAGCUGUGCAACAAAAAGAGGAUGGAUUGGAUAAUGUUUCAAAGGUUCAGAAAGGAACUGAUAAGACAGGAAGUAAAGACAAAAACAAACCGUCAGAGGCAACACGUGAGCAAAAACCGGAAGCUGAUGCUGUCGGUAAUGGAAACACAGAGGCUGAGUCUCAUAAUGAAAUUUCUGGCAAUGGAAACGACUCCACAGAUGAAGUUGAUGAAAUGGAUCACUCGCCCUGCCACACCGAGACUGACACCGACACUGACACCGUGGCUGCAAAAACCAAACCCAGCGCACACACUGAAUUUACCGACAACUCAGAGGACACCAUCCCGGAUCCAGGCAACGGUAUGCAAGAUGGGGACAUAGACACUGAGAAACCACUGAAGAAGAAGAGAGAAGAUCACAAGGUGCUGCCCAGCAACAGCUUCGCUGGGGAUUCAGCCAGUGGGCAGAUGGAGGAAAAAGCUGGAGCUAAUAAAGCCACUGGUCAAACGAGCCCAUCGACGCAAACCCCACUUAAGACCUCAAAACACUCACCCUCUCCUUCUUUGGGAAGAGGAGAGAAAAUUCCAAGGACUGAUUUUAAUCAAGUGCCAGAUAAAAAGGAAGAAGAAGACAAGUCACAGGAAAAUGUGUCAGCAACAAAUGGGUCACUGACGAGCACCGGCAAACCUGUGGAUGAACAGACAAAUGGGAAGGAGUUGGAAGAUGCUGAUAUGGCAUCAAACCCCUCGAGCUCAUAACAAAACGUGGGCAAUUCAUGAAUAAAGUGGAUGAUUGGAGAAAAUACAAAAAUUUGAGAUGAAAUGAAACUUAAUAUAGGGACAGAGUAUGACUUUAAAAAAGACUUUCUGGGCCUUAUUUCUACGAUAUUUGAUGUUUAGAUAUCAGUUCUUUUCACUUUAUGAUCAUAUAUGGAAUGAUUAAUUCACCAAAUGUGGGAACUGGAUGUGACUCAGUUUCCAUGUGGCCAUCAGAUAAUAUUAAAGGAUAAGACUCAUGAUAUUCUGUAAUUUUGCUUUGCUCAGCAAAUCCCAUGAAAAGACCAGAAGCGACAGCACGUUAGUUGGUCUCUCAGUACUUUCUGGCUUCCCUGCGCUGUCUGUGGCAUUUUGGUUAAUAUUAAAGACAUGGAUCUUUAAAAAGUCAAUAAUAUAUAGUUUUACUUUUUUUUUAAAAAAGCUAUAUAUUCUUACAGUGGGUUUUGCAAGUGUUACUCAAACAGGAGUAAACUGUGAUGGUGGAUUUGGGAACAUCUACAGCAGCAGGAUGGUGUAUUCAGUAAACUCCAGUGCCCACGUUUAUUACAAUGAAGGAACAUGUCACCCAGUGCCACACUGUGACUCAUUUUUGUGUUUAAUAGUUUCUGGACAACUUUGCAAGAUGGCUCAAAGGAAUAAACUAUAAUCAGGCUUUGGCUAUACAUGUGAUACUUGUGCAUUUGGAUCGUUGUUUGUUUUGGUCUUUUCAUGGGAUUUUUUUUUUUUUUUUUUUGCUAAUAAGAAAAAUAUAGAAUAUUACCGGACUUAUCCUUUCUGAUAGUAAUGACUGCGACCGUCGGUGACUGAUAUUAAAUAUCACUACAGAAUACAUAAAGCACUGUUAUUACUGUAUGUCACUGAAAUGAUGAUUUAAGCAUUUUUAACACCUUACUACUUUCACUAUUGAACAGUUUUUUUGCACUGAGAAAUAAUUGGAAGAGCUUUUUCCCGCCUCUUUUGAGCUUUCUUUUUUAAAUGUAAGUAAAAAUUUCUUCUGUACUGGUUUAUGUUUUCUGCUGGACUCUGCUGAUCAAAUGGAUUUAAGACUGAAUGUCACUUAAGUUAUAUUUCAUUAAUGUUGCUCGUCUGUAUGUUUUCAUGCAGACUGGGGAAGUAGACUUUUGAAGAACUGCCAAAAAUGAGAUAAGACUGAUUGAUUGUACGAUGCGUAUUUGUCCUCUCGGCAGAAAUGAUGAAGCUUUGGCUGUAAUUUGAGGUCCACUGGGUGUUAAUUUGGGACAACUGCAGACCCUGAGUAUUUACACGCCAGGGUGCUUAUAUUGAUGCAUUGAAGUUAUGGUAUUUACAUAAUGAAGUCCUAAUAAUUUUACAAAAAUGUUGAAAUCUUUAUAUGUGAUUUUUUUUCCCAAGUAAAUACCUGGCUGUCAACAAAGCAGAAUAAAGUUAUACUAUUUUCUGAUGCAUUUGUGGCACUGAUGUCUUUAGCCGAAGUCUGAGUCCUGUUAUUAUUUUUAUUAAAGUGCAGUUGUCAGGA